AUGAGCGAAAAGGCCCGUUUGAAGUGCACCGUCUAUGUGGGGGGUCUCGACCAGGCGGUCACGGUACAGACGCUGGCCGAGGCAUUCGUCCCCUUUGGCGAAGUCGUCGACAUCACGCUCCCCAAGCCCGACGUUCCGAACUCGUCCGACCUGCACCGGGGCUUUGGAUAUGUGGAAUUCGACAUGCCGGAUGAUGCGAACGAGGCGAUCGAUAACAUGGAUGGGAGCGAGCUUUACGGACGGACAAUCAAGGUCGCGCCGGCGAAGCCCCAGAAGGACAGCAACGAGGGGCUGGGAAGCAAGACCGCGAUCUGGCAGCAGGAGGGCUACUUGGCCAAGUAUGCUGUGAGCGAGGAGGACAAACUGGCGGACGAGCACGCCCUGUCUACGACGGAUGGCGACCGGCCCCAGGAUCCCAUGCAGGGACUGGAGGAGCUGGAUGUGGCAGGACCCAAGCCGGAAUAA